GUGUCGUACACGUUUCAAAUGUUGGCUGCAAAAGAGCUGUUUUUAGAGGAAUUUUAGGUUAUAACCUCAAAUUCUCCUAAAAACAGUACUUCGAAUAAUUUCUAGAACGUUUUUGACUUAAUAAUCGGAACUCUGAUAAGAACAAAAUUCGCCGACCUUAUCUACUAAGGCCGUGAUUAGAGUGUUACAUUUACGACUAGUUAAUAAUAUUUCAAUUUAUAAUUUUUUAAAUUGAAAUUCAAUAGCUUAAAGCUACAAAGUUUCAAAGUGACAUUUGAAAAUUACUUUUAUUAUCAAAGGUAAUUAAUUUUACAUGUAUUGUAUCAACUAUAAAGAAGUUUCAUUUGAAAUUUAUUAAUUUUAUAAUUCAGAAAAAUGUCUGAUGAUGAAGAAAUUACUUAUGUUAAGAAACCUAAAACCAUUCAUUAUGGAUCUCUAGAAGAUCAAGAACGGGUUCGUUUAGCAGCAUUAAGCACAUCUGAAAAUGACGAGGAACCAAAAUCAAGUGGAAAUAUCAACAUUUCAAAUGAGUACUUUGAUUUGGAAGAUGCUAUGUCCAAAGAUAAACAAGCUUUGUUAGAAGAGUUUGAAAGAAAGAAAAAAGCUAGGCAAGUGCAAGUAUCUACAGACGAUGAUGAUGUUAAAAAAAGUCUAAGAAAAUUGGAUCAACCUAUUUGCUUAUUUAGUGAAGGUCCAGCUGAAAGAAGAAACAGAUUACGUGAAUUAUUAUCCAGAGUGGGAGAAGAUAUUAUUUUAAAAAAACCCGAAGAAGAGAAAGAAAAAAGACAGCAAAUUAAAGAUCAAGACACUACAUGGUACCAUGAAGGACCCCCAUCAUUAUUAGAUGCUCGAUUAUUUAUAGCUGAGUUUUCCUUACUGAGAUCACAUUUUAGGUUAGAAAAAUUAAGAGAAGAAGCUAGUAUUCCUGAAUCUACAUUAACUGCUCGUUUGCAAGAUUUACAUAAAUAUACUACUUCUUUAUCAAUAUAUUGCAGUCAAAUUGGUGAUACAAGACCUAUAUCUUACUGCAGAUUCAGCCCAGAUUCUCAAUUUAUAGCCACAUCUUCUUGGAGUGGUUUGUGUAAACUAUGGUCAGUUCCUGACUGUAAUUUAGUUAAAACUUUUAGAGGUCAUAAUUGUAAUGUUUGUUGUAUUACAUUCAAUCCAAAUGCAAAUUCUUGUGAGAAUGGUUGCGAUCUUGUAUCAUGCGCUAGUGAUGGUUCGGUGAAAUUGUGGUCAAUGGAUAGCAAAAAAGAAGAGCCAAUUGCUGAUCUUGAAGGUCAUGCUCCAUUUAGAGUAUCACGAGCAAUUUUUCACCCAUCAGGAAGAUUUUUGGGUACAUGUUGUCAUGAUAAUUCAUGGCGUUUAUGGGAUUUAGAACAAGCAGAAGAAGUGCUUCAUCAGGAAGGUCAUUGUAAACCAGUUUAUUGUAUGUCAUUCCAAUGUGAUGGUUCAAUAGUAGCUACAGGAGGUUUAGAUGCAUUUGGUCGAGUUUGGGAUUUGCGUACUGGCAGAUGUAUCAUGUUUAUGGAAGGCCAUUUAAAAUCUAUCUACAGUCUUGAUUUUUCUCCUAAUGGAUACCAAUUAGCUACUGGUAGUGAAGAUAAUACUUGUCGUAUUUGGGAUAUUAGGAAAAGAGCUUGUCUUUAUACUAUACCUGCACAUAUGAAUCUUGUUUCCGGAUUAAGAUAUCAGCCUGAUGGUGGUCAUUUCAUUGUUACCUCCUCUUAUGAUAAUACCAUUAAAAUUUGGGCAAAUAAAACUUGGCAAAUGUUAAAAACCUUAUCUGGACAUGAUAAUAAAAUUAUGGGUGUGGAUAUAUCACCUGAUUCGAAAUUUAUAGCUUCUUCAUCUUAUGAUCGUACAUUUAAAUUAUGGGCUCCAGAAUACUCAAGUUAAAACAAUUAUUAUUCAUUAAGUAACUAAAUAAUUUGUAUUUAUGUUUUGUGAAAUAUAUAAAAUAGAUUAUUUUUAUAUAAAAAAAAUAAACUUAAUAAUAAACAAAAAUUUUUUAUAUAA